ACAAGUGUCUGUACAUAGGGCAGCUGAAAGUAAAUGAUGAAGUAUUGGUGGCUGGGUGUAGGUGUGUAAGCCUUACUGCUUAGGAAAAGUUACUGGUUUUGAGUCCAGCGGUUCUGGCUUGGCUCCUCUCUGAUGGAUGUGGGGGCAAACAGUCCAGAGCAGGAUGGGUGCAGACUUUCAUAAGCAGCCACGGAAAAGAGUCGACAGUCGUCAUGACUUGACAAAGGGUCUCAGCCUGAAACAUCAACUCCUCACUCCUCUACUUAGACGCUGCUUGACCUGCUGAGUUCCUCCAGCAUCUACAGAAUCUCUUGUGUUUACGGGUCCCAGCUCCCCUAGGCUGGCGAGGCCAGAGGUGACCGGGGUAGCACUUAAGGAAAUAGUUUUGCAGGAUACACAGACCUAACUCCUCAGUUACCAAUGAUCAGAGGAUACUUGCUCAAUGUUUCAGGAACAGGGCCUUCCCCUCUGCCAUCAGAUAUCUGAAUGGUCCACGAACCCAUGAUCACUACCUCAGUAUUUUCUUCCUCUCUUUUAGCACUACUUAUUGUAUAUUUUGUUUUGAUUUGUAUUUUAUUAUGCAUUGCAAUGUUCUACUACCGCAAAAGAACACAUGCCAGUGAAGUUAAACCGAAUUUGAAGGUGCAGGAACCUAAGAAGCCAUUGUGGGCAGCCCAGAAUGUGAAGGGCACAUCUCCACCCACCAUCUACAUCAAAUGCUGCCUCAGGAGACAACACCCAUCCUGAAAGAUCCCCACUAUCCCGACCACGCCGCCUUCUCCAUCGGGCAGGAGGGUACAGAAGCCUGGAGUCCCACACAACCAAGUUCAGGAACCGCUACUUCACUUCAAACAUUCAGUUCCUGAACCACUCACACAACCUUAAUCACCGCCUCAGUACAGCAACACUGUGACCGACUUCCACUGCAAUGGACUGUCAUUGUUACUCUCUGUUCUUGACUUCGCGACGGCAGUCCCAAGCCCGGCUGCGAAACACCAUCCGGUACACGAACGCCAAAACACCCCAACCCUGGGAGAAUCUGAAAGACUGACCCAGGAUAGAGGGCCCCGGCGAGUUGCUGUCGUUGGCCUAUGCCGCGGGGGUUAUGGGUUUAAAAACAUCGCCUUCUUGUAUUAUUUAUGCUUUUUUUGUGAAUCCUACUUAUCUGAAAGUUUUUGUUCUGAGUGUUCUUCCUUGUAGUACUAAUAUUGUUAACGAAUUUUCGUGUGUCUGUGAUGCUGCUGCGAGUAUUGUGACUUCACCUGUGCGUCUGAUAAUGAACUAAAGUUAGAUGCUAGUUCCUGAAUCCCCCCAACUCUGUGUGUUCGCUCCUAGAGAAUUUUAUACACCGCAUGCAGUUCACCCUUCAGUACGUUCCGAUGAACAAAGUCCCUAGCCUCUCCCGAGAACGCAGCCCCCCUAAUCCUGAUAAAUUCCUCGUAAAUCUUUCCAGCUUGGCGGAACCUUUCCGAUCGGAGGGCGACCAUCUGUCGAUGCCCCCUGCCCCCCUCCUAGGAACCACCCGAGCCUCUCGCCCGAAGCUAAACCUUCCCAAUCCUACACCGGGCACAUCUGCGGGACAAUCUGAAGACGUUUUCGGGUCCUAUUCAAAGAGCAGGUUUGCCUCGGCAGGGGACGCGCAUUUUGGAGUUAAUUGGACUUUUUUUCCCUUGGUUGGGCUCAGUCCCAGCUCAUCCCGACUCCCAAGCUCCGCAACGCUGGCCGGCGGUAUUUUACACCCCGCGCCGUGUAACGAAAGGCGGACGAGUUGCCCCUUUCCCACCUCAAACUCACCCACAGAGAGUAACAGCAUCAUGGCGGCCAGGGUUAAUCCCAGCCCUGGUUCCAGCGGACGUCCCCUCAUUCUUGGGGGGCAAACUCUCAACCAACUUGCGGGUCCGGCAGCCGGACUCCCUGCAUCAUCACUUGGGUCAGUUGUUACUCCGAUCCUCUCUCGCUCGCUGUCUCACAGUCUGACUGGUCACAGUUGGCGGAUCCUCCCUCCCUCCCCAAUCCUUUAUUGUUUACCCUUCAAAGUCGCAGACACUGAUAUAUGUGAGAGCGGCGUGGGGCUGGUAGGGGUGUAUUGCGCGUUGCAAAUCACUGAAGCCCGUUACCAUUCGGAAGCUGGUUGGGAUGGGACCGAGGAGGCAAUUAACUCGAUGCCGCUUAACAACCUCCCGUGGAGCCUUUUAAUAAGGCAGGCGCUCGGGUCAGAGAUCAGGCAGCUUAUUCCGCUGGGGAGAGCGGAGCUUCGCGCUCCUGCCCCAGGGCUCAGCGCCCUGCACACGCCGGUCUCCUACUGGAGUUGGUUUAUUAUUGUCACAUGUCCCGAUACAGUGAAAAGUUUGUAUUAAACAGACCAAUUCGCCACACAGUGCAGAGCUAGAACAAUGUAGAAUGCAGGAUAAAGUGUAACUGACCCGAAAUGUCAACUCUUUUCAUCCUCUCCAUAGAUUCGGCUUGGCCUGCGGAGUCCCUCCAGCAGUUCGUGCUUGUUACUAUGAAAACUACCAAGAGUGCAAGAUCAUAAAGGAGAGAACGCAGUGCAGGCAGGUGCAAGGGCCACAUCGCGGUAGAGAUCCCCGCUGACUCAACACUGGCUGGUACUCAGAAGACGGUACCCAUCAUCAGAGAUCUCCACCAUCUUUGCUCAUUGCUACCAUUGGACAGACACCCUAAAUGACUAGGUUGAGGAACAGCUACUUUCUUUCAACCAUCAAGUUCUUAAACUGACCAUAACAAACCCUAACCUUACCUCAGCAACAGAACACCACAGACCCACACUUGGCCUACCAUGAAGUCGUCUCCAAUUGGGCCUUUCUUUUGCACUAAUGUCCUGUUUUUGCACAGGUUUUUCUAUCCCCUCUCUCCCCGUCUUGCUUAAUCCAUACACAAUCUAUAUUCAAAGUAACUUAAUGACAUUAAGAUGACUUAAUGGCACCAUUUCAUUACAGACCCACAAGCAGGACAUGACCAUCAAAGGAGGUGGUACAGGAGGCACACACUCAAUGUUUAAGGAACAGCUUCUUCCUCUCUACCAUCAGAGUUCUGAAUGGACAAUGAACCCAUAACCCAUGAAGUUCCCUACACGGGUGCAGACACACAGCCCUGAGACAGCAGGCAAGGUAACUUAAUUCCAAACAAUUGGUUUAGUAAUAACUACAGAAUGUCUCUUGUGCUUCCUGCUCUCUCCCCCUUCCCACUCUCUAUCCACAAUACAGACCCAUAUCAAAAUCAGGUUUAUCAUCACUUAAAAGUCAUGAAAUUUGUUUUUUUUUGCUGCAGCCAUACAGUGUAAUACAUAAAAUGACUACAGCACAAAAGUCUUAGGCAUCCUAGCUACAUGUGCCCAAGACCUUUGCACAGUACUACAUAUCCUAGUUCUUAUUGCAAUGUACUGCUGGCACAGAACAGCAAAUUUCAAGACAUAUGCCAGUGAUAUUAAACCCGAUCCUGAUACUGUUGAGUCUGUGAUGUUGCUGCCAGAAUCGGGACAAGAACAGCACCCCAGCUU